GGCGGAACGGCGCCGCGCGCAGUGCAAAAUAAGUUCUAUGUGCCCACCGCUGAUGGCUGCGGUUCUUUGGGUCUGAGAAUUAGUACGGAAUACCUACCCGCCGUCGAAAUGGAAGCAUGCUGCAAUGCGCAUGAUAUUUGCUACGAUACUUGCAAUAGCGAUAAGGAGCUGUGCGACUUGGAUUUCAAGCGUUGUUUAUACAGAUACUGUGACAGCUAUGAAAAAUCUAUUGCCAGUGAUCUAAUGAUGAAAGGCUGUAAAGCGGCCGCUAAGAUGCUAUUCACAGGCACCUUGACAUUAGGCUGUAAAUCUUACCUGGAUUCGCAGCAACGCUCAUGUUAUUGUCCUCCUAGCAAACCAAGUAACUUCAAUGGCAACAAGUACACGAAUAGCAAGGAAAAACAGCAGAGGCAGAAGUACGGUUGGAAGGACCGUAACGAAAUCUAGCACUUAGAUAAAUAUGUUAUUUGUUGUUAAUAAGUUCAUGUUAGUUUUUAGUUAUGGUUGUACUUUUUUACCAUUUUGACGAAUUUUCCUAGCCUAAUACCAUAGCUAGCAAAGACUCAGUAUUUGUUUACAGCGCAGAUUUCAUGUUUAAAAAUGUAUAAUUUAUGAUUCAAGCAAAACCUACAAGUUGGCUGAGCAUUAUGUUAAAAAUAAA